CAAAUCACAAACUAGCAGCACAGCAUGGUAACUUACCAAUGCUCUUAAACUUUAACAAAAUAUCAGUUCAUGGGGGGCCGUGGCCUGGACAUGGAGAGAUAGCGACCCGUCGUACAGAGCUCCGGGGCCCGUGAUUAAGAAAACAUAACUAAAAGCAGUAGGCAGACCAUAAAGCGGUGAAUAUGGGGAAACAUAAGACGAGUAAGGCCAUCCCGGACCAGCAACACGCUCCGGAAGAAAGCACCAUUGCGCAAUAUUUUAGCAAAAGACAGAGAGCGGUUGCCGAGGAGGAAAGGCCCAAAAUGGCGGAGGAGGAUCAGGACGCUGAACAGGACGACCUGAGUGACUCUGAACAGGUCAGUCUAUCCCCAUCAGAUCUCUGCUCAUCCACACUGCCCAAAGGAACAGAGUCCUCACCUAAACCACCGACCAUCACAAAAUCGACGAAGCCCCAGUGGAAACCAGUGCGCAGUGAAACGCAUGCUGGAAUGCACCUCUAUUUUGAUGCGCCCGUGUGUAGCGCAUCUCAAGGGGAAUCAUCAAGUGAGGAGGAAGACUGGGAUCUGCGGGCUUAUUUAAGAAAACUGCCUACAAAAAGAGACAUGGAACAGUUAAUCCAGAGAGUGGAGGAGGCACACAAAAAAGAAAUACAGGAAGUGAACGCGAACAUUACAAAAAUGGCUACCCAAAUUGCUGAGCUGGAGCAAGCAGACGCCUCAACAGUGGACACGGUGAACCAGUUAAGGUUCACAAACAAUCUAUACAACUACAAGACCUCCGUACACACGUGGAGGACCUUGAAAACAGACAGAGACGAAACAAUAUAAGGAAUCAGAGGUCUCCCUGAAAGUGCAGAAUAGGAGGAUAUCAGAGAGACAGUAAAGCUCAUUUUCAAUACUCUGCUGGAAAGACCACACACUGAAACAGUGAUACUGAAUCGGGCGCAUAGGGCAUUGAAACCAAAGAAUUUUGACAGCAAAACCACAAGAGACAUUAUUUGUAGGGUUCAUGAUUAUAACCUUAAAGAGACUAUUAUGAAUAAAGCAAGACUGAACCCGGGAUACAAGUAUGAAGGGGUGCAACUGCAAUUCUUUCCUGAUCUUUCCAGAGAGACACUCUAUAAAAGGAAGUUACUCAAGCAUUUAUUAGAACAACUCCACGAGAGGAAGAUCUCUUACAGAUGGGGGUACACAUUCUAACUGUCAGCCAGGGCACAAGGGAAAACAGCAAUUCUGAAAUCACACAAAGACCUAGCAGCAUUCCUAAAUACUUGGGAAAUUCCAGAAAAAAAGGUUCCAGAUUGGCAAGAGAUGGAAAUAUCAUCAUCGGCACUGGUACCCCAAAGGUCCCAAUGGCAAGAAGUGCGCAAAAGGAGACAAAGAAUUUCUCCACCACAAGCACAGACACCAAGGAAGAAUAAGGGACCCCCACAGCCAACCUGACUCCAAGGACCAAUGAGUAGACACAACGUCUGUGGGAUCUACUUGAUUGAACAAAUGGCAGGACAACUCCAGCAUCUUCUAUUUCAAAUCUGAAGAUAAGGACGGCCAGAAGAAGAAAAUAAUCGAAUAUGUAAUUGUUCUUUCAAGAAAUGAAUGGUGUUCCACAUUGUGCAAAUCCUGGAGUGUACCUCAAGCUGUGUGUAGUGGGAGUCAGAUCAGCCCAAGGACAAUAUAUAUAUAAUAUGCUGAAACUUUUUUUUUUCCCUCUGUAAUUAAAACAUGGUGAUGGGAAUUUUCUUAACCAAGAAAUCUGAUUGUGGCACCUCCUUUGUUAGCUGACUUUGCAUGAUG